UGCGGACAUCUGCCUGAUAUGAUCUCAGAAAUACGGAAAAGAGAAAAAGCUGAUGCAAAUUGCAGAUCCAAGAAAAAUGGCAGAUCGAAAGACUUAGAUCCAACACCAAAAUUGAUUUCAGAGAUCUUGCAGCAGCACCACCUACCGAGCAAUGAAGAAGCAAGCUACAUCAUCGUCAUCAUCAACAACCAAGCCCGCAAACACUGUUUUGCCAUAUCAAACCUCAAGACUCCGGGACCACUACCUGAUAGGCAAGAAACUGGGCCAAGGCCAAUUUGGCACUACAUAUCAAUGUACCAAUAAGGCCACAAACAAGCAAUAUGCUUGCAAAUCAAUCCCAAAGAGAAAGCUUCUUUGUAAAGAGGACUAUGAGGAUGUGUGGAGAGAGAUCCAGAUCAUGCACCAUCUCUCCGAGCACCCAAAUGUGGUGCAAAUCAAGGGGACCUAUGAGGAUUCCAUGUUUGUGCACUUAGUCAUGGAGUUGUGUGCAGGUGGUGAGCUUUUUGAUAGGAUUGUGGCAAAGGGUCAUUAUAGUGAGAAGGAGGCUGCUAAGUUGAUCAAAACCAUUGUUGGGGUGGUGGAGGCUUGCCAUUCCUUAGGGGUUAUGCAUAGGGAUCUUAAGCCUGAGAAUUUCUUGUUCGAUACCCCUGGUGAUGAUGCAAAGCUUAGGGCUACAGAUUUUGGGCUCUCUGUCUUCUAUAAGCCAGGUCAAUAUUUCUCUGAUGUAGUUGGGAGUCCUUAUUAUGUUGCACCUGAGGUUUUGCUCAAGCGUUAUGGACCUGAAGUAGAUGUUUGGAGUGCAGGUGUUAUUCUUUACAUCUUGUUAAGUGGAGUUCCACCUUUCUGGGCAGAAACUGAAUCAGGAAUUUUCAGACAGAUUUUAAAAGGCAAAAUAGAUUUUGAGUGUGACCCAUGGCCUAAGAUCUCAGAAAAUGCAAAAGAUUUGAUACGAAAGAUGCUUGAGAGGGAUCCAAGGAGCAGGAUUUCUGCUCAUGAAGUCUUAUGUAAUCCCUGGAUUGUGGAUGACAGAGUUGCCCCUGACAAACCUCUAGAUUCUGCAGUAUUGUCACGCCUGAAGAAAUUCUCAGCAAUGAAUAAACUUAAAAAGAUGGCUUUGCGUGUCAUAGCAGAAAGACUUUCUGAAGAAGAAAUUGGUGGCUUGAAAGAGUUGUUUAAAAUGCUUGAUACAGACAAUAGUGGGACAAUAACAUUUGAGGAACUUAAAGAGGGUUUGAAGAGAGUGGGUUCUCAAUUGAUGGAAUCUGAAAUCAAGGCUCUAAUGGAAGCGGCUGAUAUUGACAACAGUGGAACAAUAGAUUAUGGAGAAUUUCUUGCUGCUACUUUACACUUAAAUAAGAUGGAGAGAGAGGAGAACUUAAUUGCAGCAUUUGCCUAUUUUGACAAGGAUGGUAGUGGCUACAUCACAGUUGAUGAGCUUCAACAGGCUUGCAAAGACUUUGGUUUAGAUGAUGUUCAACUGGAUGAAAUGAUCAAAGAAAUUGAUCAGGACAACGAUGGACGAAUAGAUUAUUCGGAGUUCACUACUAUGAUGAGAAAGGGCGAUGAAGAAUUUGGAAGGAUGAGGACUAUGAGAAGCAAUCUAAACUUUAAUCUAGCUGAUGCCUUCGGAGUCAAUGAAUCAGUCCCGGCUACUAACUGAAGGCAUUGUUUUGUAUAUUUAAGCAACAUGCAGCAAUGAAGAAAAGAAGGCUACAGCUAAGUUCUGAAAGCUAUCUUUUACUCAGUUGGAAGGAUUCUAUUAUUCUUAGUUUUGAUGAUGAAGUUUUACAAGAGCUUAUUUAUGCUCUUUUAGAGUUUAACAAUAACAUCUUACCGACCCCAGAUGUUGGACAGUAACAAUUCAUCUAUCCCAUGAGGUUUUACUGCAGGAUCAGCAUGACCAUGACAGAAGCAGCAAAUUCGUCGAAGUAAAUGAAGUGUAGAUGCUAACGUUGUUGAUUUUCUAGCCUUGGGGCCAUGGUAUUGUUGUAGGCUUAGUGCUUUGAAAUGUGCUCGCUAUUCACAUUUUGUUCAUAAUAAAUAGUUUGUGUUA